GUUUGAGGCACACCGGCUCUACAUGCAAGAGGUGUCUGGAGAAUAUUGUGAGGUGUAACCUACAAAUGAUGUGAAGAAGGAUUGCCUUUUAUUUCGUUUUUAUUUCGUUUCACAGAGCCCUGGAUAUACAUUUUAUUCGUUUGGAAUACCUUUUUUAAUACAGGCAAUGUUAUUGACUUGAUGGUGGAUCCAGUUAAACUUUUCCUCGCUAUCCGAUAUUGCUCAAUGCAUUCCUCUUUAGACCGACGGUUUUAUGGACUUCUGUAUUAACUAAUGAUGUCUAUGGGUUUCAUGCCUGAUCGUUUGAAUGCUUCAGACCCCUCCAAAUCGGCAUUUUUAGAGUUUGGGUACGAGCACCCUGCGCACCAGCAGCAUUCCCAAGGAAUCUCUCACAUCUACCCCGUUAAUGGCUUACAUUCUGCCGGACAUUCUCAACACGGUAGUCCCUUCUCCCCCAGUGCGUCCUCCUAUGGCCGCUCCCUGGGCUACGCCUACCCCAGCGCGGUGAACGCUCAUCCCCCGAGUGCCUACAUGCCCUACCAGCACAACAAUCACAGUUUGGCGCACUCCAGAUUAGAGGAGACAGGUACGUGUAAUAUCAAUAUCUGCUUGUUCGUCAUAGGCCUAUAACAUGUAUUGUCUGUAACGUCAGUGUGCAAAGGCAGCGCGCUAUCGCAUGCGUGCAAUGUAGGGUUAACGGUAAAAGGAGUAUGGAUUCUAUGGAACUGUUCUAUAUAAUGUAUUGCAAUUGUAGGCUGCAUAUUAUCAGACACUUCUUUUUAGGCUACGGUAGGCCUAUAGCCUACCCCAGAUAUAGGCCUACGUGCAUUAUAACGCUGUGAGUCUACAUCUUUGAUUACAAAAAUGACAAAAGACUGUCCGAAUCAAAGUUGGGCUAAAAGGCAAUACAUUGAAUAAGCAAUUUACAGUCAGUGUUACGGUAAUCAAAAUGUUUUCGAACUUUAAAUGCAUUUCAGGCAUUUGAGGUUGUCUUUAGGCCUACUGCUAAUGUUCCAUAAUGAACGCAGAUGGUGUCAUUAAUUUUAUUGACCAUUAUUUUCUGCGGGUUAGCUCGAUUAUGCAUGAGUAGGCUACCUCAGAAACAGCCGUUCGUUUUUAAUCCCAUUAUUAGUCCAGAUUAACAAAACAAUUCCCGAAAAUACACUUUUAACACUUAAAACCAAUGUAUUCUAUGUCAGUGGCCUUUCUAGUUUAUCAUUUUAUUGACUGUCUAUUGUUAAACGCUGGCGUUUUCAUUAAAUAGCUUAUCAGACAUUUGGGCAUGCAGCCUGAAUUCCAGGCUGUGAAUUUCUAUGUUGAUACGAACUCUCAAGUAGAUAAAUAGGCCUGUGUACAGCGAAUAGGCUUAGAACAAAAGAGAACAAUAUAUUAUUACAUUGAAUCUGUUCUGAAACCACAUAGGCUUCCUGUUGUGCAGGUGGGCUUUUACAUCUUACCCAGAGACAGGCCUUCUCAUGAAGUUGUUUGUAAGGCUAUAGGCAAUGGGUUUGGCUAGGCCUACAUUUGAAAUUGACCAUUUCAGACUAGACUAGCCUAUAUAAAAAACAUAUGAGUCCCUGAGAUAUGAAUAUCUGUCUUCCUCAUUAUAUGUUUGAAAUAUAGCCUAUAUCUAAUUUUAUGAUAAUAAGAGUUGUCUUUCCAUUAUCUGUCACAGUCGAAAGGAAGUUCAAGCGUGCGAUAACAACUCUCCUGUAAAUCGUUUCUUCUGCCCUGAUGUAAAGUGGAAAGUUGUAAAUCAAAGUGAAUGUAGGCCUAGGCUACGACAGACUAGGCUACUAGGCUACUGUUCAGCGCAGCUAGACUGAAAUUAUCUCUUCUAUCCACAGACCAUGAGAAGUCUACAGUGAUUGAGAACGGGGAAAUUCGCCUGAAUGGUAAAGGAAAGAAAAUACGCAAACCUCGGACCAUCUACUCCAGUCUUCAGCUACAGGCGCUCCACCAGAGGUUUCAGCAGACCCAGUACCUGGCCUUACCCGAGCGCGCGGAUCUGGCGGCAAAAUUAGGGCUGACCCAAACACAGGUGGGCUAAAUUUAACUCAUCAAGAGAAGCAAAUGGGAUUUUAAAACGAUAUCUUAUCUCAGUAGGCUAAUUACCAAAUUAAAAUAAAAUGUUUUAUUUCUAGGCCAUCCUUAUGUUCAGACCUUGUGUUAUGUCUUCAGCCUAAUCUACAUUUUAUUAAGUAGGCCUAACAAACCAAAUGGUUUAUAACAAUUAAAGUGGAGUGCCGACAAGCUAUAGGUACAAAACAUCUAAUUAAUUGUUUUAAAUAAAAAAAAUAUUUAUUUAACUUUUCCCUUAUUCAUUUCAAUCUUGGAAUAUCCAUUGUUCAAAUUUGCUUCAAAUAAAAUCAAAGAUCUAAAACCCUCACAUAUCUUAAUUCUGCUGCGAGACUAUAUGUAAAUUUGUGCACAGUUCAAAUUAAUAGCCUUGUUGACAGAAGUGAGAGAGAAUUAAAUAUUAUGCAAAGCUGUCUAACAUCAUUAUGACAAAAUGUUUCAGAAAUGUUGACAUGAAACCUUUGAACGUUACAGACAGGUUAUUUUUUGAAAAUGUGACACUAAUACUUCCACAAGUUUAUGUUUGUGGUUGAUUGAAGAAAAACAUAAAACAACCUUCCCCCUUGGUUGAAUGGGGAUGGGGGUUUAAGAUGGAUCACAGAUCUUUGGGUUUAAGAUGGAUCACAGAUCUGUGGGUAUUAUUGCGGCUUUCUGCACUGCAAGACCAAAUGAAACGGCUAAUUGGAGAGCUUUGCUACGUCAAUCUCUUAAUGCAGCUUUAUUCUCUACACAUAUUCUUAGUCUUAUAUUACCAUUGUGGCUGAAACCUUCUCUGAGAGCUGUCUGUGGCUUAAAGCGAACAUAACUCAAUUGAAAUAUUGCAUGUACAAAUUGGCCUAACCGAGUAACAGAACGACAGAAAUAUAUUUCGCCACUCUAAAGUAUAGGCCUAUGUGUUGUCUUUCUAAACAACAGUGUCUAGCAAUGUUUUCCUACAAUUACCACCAAUCAUUUGGAUAAAGUAAUGUUAAAACACACUUACAUACAUUACCGCAGAAAUGCAUAUAGAGUAGUACAAUGAGGGCAGUGGGCACAUACACACACACACAUACACACAUACAUACACGGUUUACACAUUUUAACUGGAAAAAUAGGACAAAGUAGACUGUCAUGCAGAUUAUCUAUAUAUUUAUCAUCAGACUAAAGCCUUUGUUGGCAUUAUUCAUUUAUGUCAGGUGAAAUUAUGAAAUCUAAGGAGGAAGUCAUGGCAACCAUUUUCCUUGGAUCGGUAAACAUAAUGGAAGGCACAUAAACAGGUGGUGAGCAUAAUGUUUCGGUCCAACAUCUCACUAUGCACAUCUGUCUCUUAUGGAAUCAAUCUUCAAGCCUUAAAACAUUGUUUUGCUCAAUAUAUUUUAUAGGCUACUCUUCUAUUCCAGAUCUAAAUCAAUAGCGUUUAUAUGUAAACGUAAAGGUUGACUGAAUUAAGCUGUCAUUCAAAACACUCCCUGGCUAAAUCAAAAUGGUGAAACACACUAUCCUAUCUGGGUCUGAUUUGGAUUUGUGUCCUGUUGCCAUAUUUGAGAAUGGUUUGACCACCUCGGGCUCUCUGGGUUUUUAUUAAUAUUUUAUACCGUCGUAAAAUCGAUCAAAAUCGCAUGUUGUUCUGACUCAGCAGAAUACAUCAUAAAUAGAAAUACAUCUGACGUCCCUCCUUUUUAUUUUACUAUACUUUUAGCAUGGGAUUGUUGUUGCUAGACUCAAGCAUUAUUGGCCUCAUAAAAUGUUGAACAAUGGGGGCGAUAGCAUUUAAUGAACUAGUGAAGUGUCGCUCAUCCAUUUAGCUGAAUUGCUAAAUGGUUCUGGACGAAGAAAUGUGUUCAAAUUAUAAGAAGUUUCAAGAACGAAUGCCAUCUUGAAACCGGGCCAUUUUCCUUUCGUUAUUAUGGCCCAAAUAUCAAUGUAAUUUCGAAAUGAUAAAAUGUGAAUAUAAAUGUAACAAGUCCCCUUCAAAUGAAAAUACUUUCUAUUGUGAAGAUAAUUGUUUAAUGAUUGUGGUGGUGGUGGUGGUAGUGGGGUGUGAUGGCGUAGGCUGUAAUGUGCUGCUUUCCCCUCAUAUUUUCUCUUUUUAGGUGAAAAUAUGGUUUCAAAAUAAGCGCUCGAAAUAUAAGAAGAUAAUGAAGCAUGGCAGCGGACCGGAGGGGGAACAUCUCCACAGUACGUCAUCUAUCUCUCCCUGUUCACCCGGGAUGCCCCAAUUUUGGGAGGUGUCAAUGGCAAACAAAGGGACCCCUAUGCACCCCAACAAUUACAUGAACAAUUUUGGUCACUGGUACCCAAACCAUCACCAGGAUGCUAUGUCCAGACCUCAAAUGUUGUGAGCGAGCCAUCUCAACACAUUGCGCGGUGCUGUAAAACGCCACCCAGCCAUUUAGAACGUUUUAAAGGCCUAAAGGCCUAUAGGCUGCCUAUACCCAAACGCAAACGUGUUUCAUCUAUCAAGUUUGAAUUGUGUGUAAACGUGUGUUAAAUGUAAAUUGUAUUUUUUUCUUUUAUUGCAAUGUAUGUUUUUGGAUGACGAUUUGUUACGUAGGCCUAUGGUUAUUUCUUAUGCGUCCACUUUAUGCACUGUUCUUUAGAUUGGAACGGCUUUGUUGAGAAUUGUGCUGGCAGGUGGCAACAUGCUUAUGAUUUGAUUCCAGCAGGGUACAUGCACCUGAAUAUGUGUGUCGACUGGUUAUGACCGUUUUAUUGAUGUGAUUAACAGGAGUGCACCAGUCCACGUUUGAAUUCCUAGUCUCAGCAAAUAGGAACUCAUUAUGCAAAUAAAUGUCAGAAAUGUUUGACAUAAACAGUAUUGAAUUACAGCGUCAAUUAUUGUGAAGGUGUCAAUAGUUUUUGAUCAUUUUAAAGUGCUUUGUGGGAGAUAUAUAGCCU